AAGUGUCUUCCAAAAUCUCAUUCAACAAACAAUCAAGGGUUUGUAUCGCGAUCUGCAGAGAAGAAGAAGAAAAAGAAGAAGAAGAAGAAGAAAGAAGCGGAGAAUGUUAGGAACUAACGUGAAGGCAGAAAUAACUUCUCUAAUGGAUAAGCGGAGUGCGUUAGAAUCUGAAAUGAAUUCCAUCAUCGCUCGUCUCUCUCAACCCGGCGCCCCUGGCCUUUCCGGCAAUCUUGUUGAUUCUGAGGGUUUUCCUCGUUCCGAUAUUGACGUUCCGCUUGUUCGAGCAGAACGACGUCGCCUUGCAGAGCUGCGUAAUGACUACACGGACAUAACUGACAAGAUUAAUCAAAAUAUACAAAUUUUGCAUUCAGCAAGACUUGCAGGAAAUAAUAGAUCACCUCCCUUAAAAAAUUCAGGCAAUGAUGAUGGCUCCGACAUACAGACCUCAUCAACUGUUGCAUCAACACCAUCCCAAAAUGUCCUUUUGAGUCUUUCCCCCAACUCAAUGGAUGUGGAUGUGAUGGUUAGUAGAACCUUUGCAGUGGUUGACGAGAUAACAGAUGCAUCACCAGCGGUAGAGGAUGGUUUACAACUUGGAGAUCAAAUUUUGAAAUUUGGCAAUGUCGAGGCUGGUGAUAAUUUGCACGAGAGACUGGCUUCUGAGGCCCAGUCAAGCAUGGGUCAAACAGUACCUGUUGUUAUUAUGAGGCAAGGCACAGUGAUCAACUUACCUGUCACACCUAGAACUUGGCAAGGCAGAGGUUUACUCGGAUGUCAUUUUCGGAUCUUGUAGAUGCUGUGAUUUGUCCAUUUCGUAAUGUUGGGGAUAAUUUGUUUCUUCUGUGGAAUUUCUCGUGCGAAGGUCUUUACCUUUUGUAACUUGUCUCUUCGUACGACUCUGUUUGAUUAUGAUAGAUAGAUAUAUCAGAUAAUAGCAGCUGACCUUUGAUUAUGGUAUGGUCAAUUAACUCAAUUAUGUGCUAUAUAGCCUACUUAGUUUCUAGUGACUGUCUGUGUCAAAAAAAGAAAAAGUUUCUUGUGACUAAUUUUUUUUUUUUUUUUUUGUUGAAGCAAUGUGACUGUCUUCUUUAGGGUUAUCUUUUGUUGGAAGAAAGUAAAAGGAAUGUGAAAGGAGAAGGGGAUAAAUUUAUUUCAAACUUAAGUUAUUUGAUUUCA